AAAAUCCCCCUCCGCACGUGUUUUUCUCUCCGCGAACUACAUUUCCCGGCAGGCCCCGCGGCUGGGAGGAGGAGGGAAAGAGAGAGAGAGAGAGAGUGUCCUUCGCUUUGCUCCCAGGCUGCUUUGCGGCGGCCGCUUUCCUCGCAAGCGGGGAGCUGGCGGCCCGCGCUUCCGCCGGAUGGACUACAUUUCCCGGCGCUCCCCGCGGCCUGAGGGAAAGGAGGGAGCCGUUUCUUGGUUGUUGGUUUUUUUUGGGGGCAAGAUGGCGGACGGGGUGCUGAGCGCCGGCGUGAACCUGGAGGCCUUCGCGCAGGCCAUAGCCGCCAUCCAGGCGCUGCGCUCCAGCGUGACGCGGGUCUUCGACUGCCUCAAGGACGGCCGGCGGCACAAGGAGGCCGUGGAGGGCCGCGAGAAGGGCUUCCUCGCCAACUUCCAGGAGAGCCUCCACUCCGUCAGCCGGGACUUGGGCGAGUUGGAACGCUUGAGUAACCUGGUGGGCAAACCGUCCGAAAACCAUCCCCUCCAUAACAGCGGCCUCUUGAGUCUCGAUCCGGUCCAGGACAAAACACCCCUUUAUAGUCAACUGCUCCAGGCCUACAAAUGGUCAAAUAAGCUGCAGUAUCACACCGGCCUGGCCUCCGGUCUUCUGAACCAGCAGUCUCUGAAGAGGUCAGCGAACCAAAUGGGGGUUUCCGUCAAGCGGAGGCCAAAGGCUCAGCCCACCACCUUGGUGUUACCGCCUCACUACGUAGAUGACGUGAUCAGUCGCAUUGACCGAAUGUUUCCGGAGAUGUCUAUUCACCUGUCUCGGCCCAACGGGACUUCUGCCAUGUUGCUGGUAACUUUGGGAAAGGUAUUAAAAGUUAUAGUCGUGAUGCGAAGCCUCUUCAUCGACCGGACGAUAGUCAAAGGUUUCCAUGAAAACGUUUACACAGAAGAUGGCAAGCUUGAUAUAUGGUCGAAGUCCAGCUAUCAAGUCUUCCAGAAGGUGACGGAUCACGCAACCACAGCCCUGUUGCAUUACCAGCUCCCUCAGAUGCCUGAUGUGGUGGUCCGGUCCUUUAUGACCUGGCUGAGAAGUUACAUCAAGCUUUUCCAAGCUCCGUGCCAACGUUGUGGAAAAUUCCUGCAGGAUGGCCUCCCUCCAACCUGGCGGGAUUUUCGGACCCUAGAAGCCUUCCAUGACACGUGUAGGCAAUAACCCAGCCUAGGAGUUGAGAAGAACAGCUUACCUGGAAGUAGAAGACGGAUCUGAAGAAAGACCAGAGCAGAAAUCAACCUUCCGUAGACCUAUCGGAUUUCUCCUUGACCGAGAUCAACGUCUCCAUGAACUUCAGCAGGGUUCAAUGCAUAUUUUUGGUGAACCGUCGUGACCGGUUUCAGGAUAAUAAUGACCUUGUUCAACCAAGAAGGAGAAGAAGGUAUGGUCUUGUCUUUCAGCCUCUUGGCUUGAUCCGAAGUCCUUCAUGGCUUUCAAGAAGAAUCUAAGCCGGCCACCUCUGCUGACACGAAUAAAAAUUCAUCCUUUGAUCUUCGGUUCUCCUUUUUUUUUUUUAAACCGUUCUGUCUCUUUCCUACAAUUAAUUUCUUUUUUUCAACUUGAGGUCCAAAACUGGGUUUUUCCCGCCCCGAUUUCCGUCUUAAUAUCACGAAUGUGGAUCAGAACACGGUGGUUCAAACGGAAUCUCAUCGUUUACUCAUUCCAUCCUUUUUGAAACCUAUUCCCCAGCUUCCCAAGAUCUCUCCUGGAUCCAGUCCUGGGACCAAAACGAUCCCCACUGGAAAGACUCCGUAAACCCCUUAACCCUUUACGUUUCUCUUAUCUGUUGUUUUGCCUUCAAACGAAAGCUAGACAAAUGAAUUGAACUCUUAAAUCGUUAGCUCAUUCCCGGUUUCCCCUUCUUUGUUUACUUUUGUUAUUAAAACGAGACCGCCUUUGAAAAAAAAAACCCGCCUCGCUUUUAUUCAGCGCCCUACAAAGUUCUGGAGGAGGCGCCUCGUGGAAACUGUUGAUUCAAAGGAUUCUCGCGUCACCGUUAAGCAGAUUGUAGUUUGAUUUGGGCUGGGUUUGCUUGUGUUUUGUUGCCAGUAUUGUUAUUCAAUUGAUUUUUUUGGGGUCUGGUCCUUGGUGCUUUCUGAGCUGGGUUGCUUUCAUGCAGACGUGUUAUUACCCAACUAGGUAACAUCAUCCGUGCUAGUGGGUUUUAUUACCCAGCUGGAUAAGAUCAUCAGGACUACUUUGGAUUUAUAUAUCCUCCAUUCGUAUUAUAUCCUUCAUUUCCUCCCAAAACAUAUUCAAGACAACCAAGUUGAAGGGAAAGACAAAGAAGAGACAAGAUUAAGAUCGGAAGUUUCUCCUUCUAAAGACGAAGAAUGGAAACUAAUGGAUUGAUGUGAUGUUUGAACCCAAGGAAUUGUGGUUUAUUCCCUAAACCGCGACUUAGAGCUGUGUGAUCUCACCCAAAACAACACAAUGCUCUGGGAGUAGAAUAAGCAACCGCAGCCCCUUUUCUUUUGGCAAAAAUGAUUAUCACAUGAUUUCUUUCUUUCUCCCCCCCCCCACCUUUCUUUUACUAAAACCAGAGUGGGCUAAAAGUAUCGCCUCUGAUCUAUUGUAUGUAUUAAAGAAGCUGGUAGAUCCA